GCUCUCCCAAACCGGUGAUCUGAUGCAUUUCUGAGCUAUUCUGGCGCAAUGCCAUGCUGUCUUAGCCUAUUAGCGGACAGUGUUGGGAGACAGUUGGUUUAUUGAUGUGCCCUUUCUUCUCUGAUAGACUGCUUUAUGAUGGCGCUUAUUUGCCUCAAUUGCAUGCUAUUGUUCUCACAGUAGUCGUCAAUUCCAUCCCGACGCGCUGUUCGACUACUAUUUGAUUCUCUUCAAAGCUGCUCCUAUAGAAUAGUCAAUUCGCCACAACGCUCCUCUCUCGCUCACACCCAGUCGUCACAUAUACCCUAGCGUUUCUAUCACUUCUAGCGCUUACUAGACCUGCCUUGACUUGCAAUGCUUCCACCACCCGAGUCCACGCUCCAUGAGAUUCACAAGAUCGCCGAGCCACAUACUGGUCCCGAGCAUCCUGACACCGUUACACCUCCACCUCCCUACUCCCCUCCCCAUCCCAAUCACAGCCCCCCAAAAGAAUCAGACGGCGUAAAUGCACCCCAAUGGAUGACACCCCAUCCCAUCACCAUCAACAUCGACGCUUCCGUCAGCGUCCUCGGAAACGCAAACAGCAUCCUCAUCCCAUCAGUGCCAGCAACAACGGCAGCAGCAGCAGCAGCAACAACCUCAUCAUCAUCACCACCACCACCACCACCAGCGCCAUCUUCAUCAACCGCCAUACUACAAUCAGCCCAGCGACAUCGACAGUCUAAACUAACAGACAUGGCCACAUCCAUUAUCGUCGCUCUCCAUCGCACGGGCCUCCUCAAUCCCACUGACAAUAGUGGAUCCGUGCCGUCUGUGAGGCUCAAUAUCAAUACCGGGAUUAAGAUACAGGGCACGAGGAAUGUGGUUUGUGUAGGUGGUGGGGUUGUGGGGAGGAGGAAUCUGAUAGAGCCUGGGGGUGAACGGGGGGAAGAGCGUGUUGGUCAAGUUGGGAGGAAGAGACGGGCUGAGUCGGAACCAUUCGAAUCAUGCACUGGGAAGAAAACACGUUCGUCUCUUAGCGGGGAGAAGUGAAUCACGAUCUUUAUGCAUUUCUUUUCUUUUCUUUUCUUUUCUUUUCUUUUUCCUGCUCUAAUUAAU